ACUCUUGUUAUGACUGCAAGGUCCUGUUUCAAUCACUGGCGUCAGACGGACGCACGACACCAACUCAAACCUUUUCACCUUCUCCUGAACAAAGUAAAUAUUGAUUUGAAAAGCGAGGCAUUGCCGAACAAUUUAUGGGAGUUUUAAUUUGAAAGUGCUCCACGGGACUUAAAGAAUAUCCCUCGUCGUGUCACUUUGAGGGUCCGACGGAUUUUUUCCUAUUUACCGCGACUGGGAGAUAAAACUUUUCCUCUAUUAUUUUAGGUGGCUCGUAAAAGAGACCCGCCUAUGACCUCGACGUUUGUGCAGUGUUGCUACAUUUACCGGAUACAAGUUUAUUUGAUACGGUUUCAGGGUUUUUAGCAACUUCGACUUUUUCCUCUUUUCUUUGAAUGCGUUGCAAAUAUGAUGAUGUCACCGACGCCACUUUUUCCUGAAGUUAUGGCGGAGCACAACUUUUCUAACUUCUCUUGACCAUUGAGAGCACUUGGCUUUACUAAUGGAGCACCUCCAGGGAGCGUGGAAGACUCUGAGCAACGGCUUCGGAAUGAAGGACUCUGCGUUCGAGGGCCCAUGCCUUUCACCAACCAUGGUGCAGGGCUUUCCCUGCCAGCGUCGCUCCUCAGAUGACAGCAAGAUGCCCGACUCCAAGACUAGCAGCACUAUCCGAGUCUACCUCCCAAACCAGCAACGCACUGUGGUGAACGUGCGACCAGGUAUGACUCUGCACAAUUGCCUGAUCAAAGCAUUAAAGGUGCGAGGUCUGCAGCCUCAGUGCUGUGCUGUGUUCAGGCUGCAUCCAGGACAGAGGAGCAAAAAAUUACGGAUGGAUUGGAAUACUGACUCCACCUCUCUGAUUGGGCAAGAGCUGCUGGUGGAGGUUUUAGAUCAUGUUCCUUUGACAACACAUAAUUUUGUUCGCAAAACAUAUCUGAAGCUGGCAUUCUGUGAUAUUUGCCAGAAGUUUCUUUUGAAUGGUUUCCGUUGCCAAACAUGCGGCUACAAAUUCCAUGAGCAUUGUAGCACCAAAGUGCCCACGAUGUGUGUGGACUGGAGCAAUAUCAGACAACUCCUGUUGUGUCCAACACCUGGUGAGAGCGGUGCCCCAUCACUGCCACCGCUGACGUCCCGGCGAAUGAGAGAAUCCUUAACACGGUUUCCAAGCUCAGCCCACCGAUAUUCCACCCCCCAUGCCUUCAACUACACCACGCCCUACCCACCCACAGGUGGCGGUCUCUCCCAGAGGCAGCGCUCCACUUCCACGCCCAACGUCCACAUGGUUAGCACUACCCUGCCUGUAGACAGCAGCGUGAUUGAGCUAGACUGCCUGAAUACCUCCCCCAGCUCCUGGUGCCAUAGAUUCUGGCUGAAGAGGAAAGUAGGUAUUGUGCACUUCUCCCAGUCUUUUGUUGAGGCCUCACCUGAGAGUCCAGAAAAGGAUGCAAUGCGUGAUCAUGACUCAGCCGGGAGUUCCCCCAGUCAGAGCCCUACAGGCUGGUCCCAGUCCAAAGCCCCUGCACCUGCCCAGCGAGAGAGGGCCCCAUCCUUCAACACGCAUGAGAAAAAUAAAAUUAGGCCUCGGGACAAGAGGGACUCUAGUUACUACUGGGAGAUUGAAGCCAGCGAGGUGUAUCUGAACUCCCGCAUUGGUUCGGGCUCCUUUGGAACUGUAUACAAAGGGAAAUGGCAUGGUGACGUAGCAGUGAAGAUUUUAAAGGUGACUGACCCCACACCAGAGCAGUUCCAGGCAUUCAGGAAUGAGGUGGCUGUCUUGAGGAAAACACGACAUGUCAACAUCCUGUUGUUCAUGGGCUACAUGACGAAGGACAACCUGGCCAUUGUGACCCAGUGGUGUGAGGGCAGCAGCCUUUACAAACAUAUUCACGUCCUGGAGACAAACUUCAAGAUGAUCCAGCUCAUAGACAUUGCCAGGCAGACAGCUCAGGGCAUGGACUAUCUGCAUGCAAAGAACAUCAUCCACCGUGACAUGAAAUCCAACAACAUCUUCUUGCAUGAAGGGCUAACAGUGAAAAUUGGGGACUUUGGCCUUGCUACAGUGAAGGCCAGGUGGAGCGGCUCACAUCAGGUGGAGCAGCCUUCUGGAUCCAUUCUCUGGAUGGCUCCUGAAGUUAUCCGGAUGCAGGAUAACAAUCCCUACAGCUUCCAGUCUGAUGUCUAUUCCUAUGGAAUUGUUCUCUUUGAGCUCAUGACGGGAGAGCUCCCAUACUCCCAGAUAGCAAAUAGAGAUCAGAUUAUUUUCAUGGUGGGAAGAGGCUAUUUGUCCCCAGACCUCAGUAAGCUCUACAAGAACUGCCCCAAAGCCAUGAAAAGGCUGGUGGCUGACUGCAUCAAGAAGUCCAAGGACGAGAGGCCGCUCUUCCCACAGAUCUUGUCCUCCAUCGAACUUCUCCAGCAUGCCCUCCCUAAGAUAAACCGCAGUGCCUCAGAACCGUCCCUGCACAGAGCCUCUCACACUGAGGAUAUCAAUGCCUGUACUCUGACCUCCACCAGACUGCCUGUUUUCUAGAGGCUCAGACAGCACUGCCCCUCCUCCUCCUCUCGUUCCACUUCCCCUCCUCUUCGAAAUAGUCCAAAUGCUCAGUACAACCAAAUUCUCUACAUACAGAUGCCAAUAUAGACAUAAAAAUGUACAUGCAACCAUACAUAAACCCAUGCUAAUCAAUACAUUAUGUAAGGAAAAAGAGUCAGAAAAAGUACAUCUGUGAUUAACUACGGAAGGGAGUGAGUGAUGAUGGAUUGCAGUGGGAUGUACACAUGAAGAGGUUGGCAUAAGAUACAUGGAGGUGGUGCCUUGCUUUUCACUGCACGUAUUAAGAAGUAUGCAGGGGCUCCACGGUGGCAAUGCAUUUGGUAAAAGUUGUAAAUACAUGCACGCACACCUACCUAAGACAGCGAUUAAUGGACAUUGAAGGAAGCUCAAGACAGACAGAUGUCUCUCUUGAUUCGGGUUCUGUGAUGUGAAGCACACCCUUCUAUCUGGUCGCGCUGGUUUCUGAUGAAGAGGACCUUUAAAGCUUACCUGCCUUAAGAGGAAACAAAGCCUGGACUAAGAUCCUGCACAACUUCAUUUUCCUCUUGUUAUCACAAACAAAGCCGUUGGAUGUAGUCCAUUUAGUUGCACAGUAGUAGUUGAUUUUGCAUUGUCUUAAAUGAUAAUGGAGUAGAUAUGGGAAAUUGAUGUCUUUUUUUGUUGUCUUUGUCGUCUUUGACUUCUUUCUAUCGUCUUUGUUUUUUUUGGGGGGGGGGGUCUUUUUUUUUUUGGGAGGAAUUAUAGCCUGUCAGACAGCGAGCAGAAGUGAUGAUGGAAAAUUUUGCACAUUUUAGCAAAAGCAAUGGUUAUGUUCCAACAGUAAACACAAUGGUUUCCUAGCUCUGAGUAAAAUGAUCUGUAGAUACCAACACAUUCUCAUCGGUCCUGUCAUGGGUAGGUUAUCAUGAGCUGGACAUUUGGCAGUUGUCUUAAAUAUUUAAAAUGAUUUGGAAACUAAUUUGUAUUUGUUUAUCAUGUCUCUUUCAGGAGGUUAAACGUUUUAUUGUGAACUUGGUGAGAAAGUUGUCUGUUCAAUAUUUUAAUAAAAUUAAGUUAAAUUUC